AUGUUAAUAAUCAGUUCAAUUGUAUUACUUAGUUUUAUAGCUAUACAUAAAUCACGUAUAUAUCAUGUAAAUCCUUGUUCGAAUCCUGACAACAUUCAUAGAAACUGGAAAAUAGAACAAACAAUUAUUCCAUUAAAAUCAUCAAUUCAUCAUUCCAAUGAUCAACAGACUUUAUUUACUGAACCAACACAAUUAACAAUUUGUUUAAGUCUUAUGUAUAUUCUAUUUGAUUUAGCUGAUCUUAUUGAAUGGUUCUAUGGUAAUAUUAUAAUACCGAAUUAUAUUCAUUCAUUUAAACAACAUUUCAAUACAAAUUUCAAUGAAAAUUAUAAUAUUAAAACAAAUUAUUCAGGCUUAUUACCACUACUAACAAAUACAUUGAAUAGUAGUAUGUUAUUAACCAAAUCUAUGAAUCAACUAUGUUCCAUUCAAUUUAUAUCUGGCUUAUUAAGAAUAUGGUCUAGUCAAAGAUUUCUAUUCAUAUUACCAAUGUUAUUAUAUCAAUCAUUGAAAUAUCGACAUUUAAUCAAAUACUAUUUCACUUAUUAUUUUCAUACAUUGAAAAUCUUACAUUGGUGUAAAUUUAGUUAUAGUUCAUCAAUCUAUAUAGAACAAACAUUGAAUACAUCAAUGGAUGAUAUAAUUCAAACUGAAUUGAAUGAAAUGAAAACUACUGAUGAAGAAAUAAGUAGUGAACAUCCUCAUCAACAACAACAGCGACGACGACAACGACGACGAGAACAACAACAACAACAGACUAUAAUAAAAGCUGAAUAUCAAGAUGAGUAUCAAAGAAUUCCUAGUCUUUAUUGUUGUUCAUGUAUUCAUCAAACUAUUCUAUCAAAAUGAUGUAAAUAAAUGAUAAAUAACGAAUGUUUGUACAUGAUUUGUGAAACGUUGACAAUUGAAUUCAUUCUCAUAAGUUCACUUCUGCCAUGAUUAUCAAAUUACACUCUAUUCCUAAUCAACUACUUUAAAUAAACUGUUGAAAAUCGAAUUGACAUAUCUGAUAUACACCAUUUUCUAAUCAAUGAACUACAUAAUAAUGUAUUAUAAUGUGUACUACUAAUAUGGAUAGAUAUAAGUAGUAUGGAUUAUUCAUCAAAAAGUGAAAUAUCUGACAGUAGAUAAUUAAAAAGAUCAAUAACAAGAGAAUGAUGUGGAAACAAAAGAAUAAUGAAUUCUGAGACAAUUGAUUCAUCUUUUGCAUAUGAAGUAAUUACUGUAGGACUCUUAGAGUUUACUAAGACAUUCUGUAAUAUUGUGUUCAAAUACAUUUGCUC